AUGAAAGUGAAGCUGAAACCAGGGGUUUCUUUCCUUAGUGGAUACAAACCUAUCCAGCUGUACAAUCAUACAACUGACAGUGAUCCUACAGACCUGACCAGCGGAGCAAGUAAACUUUGGUCCAAUGGCCUCACAUCCAUUGAGGAAGAUGAUAUCUUUGAAGAAAAAGGGUCCAAUAAGGACAGAAAAAAGAUGAAACUGUUUUCAUCAAAGCGUAAAUCAUCAUUGUUUAUUCCUGGGCUAAGCUUUCGUAAGAAGUUGUCUCGUAACCACAAAGGUAGAGAACUAUCAGAGAUUGGUCCUCUGUCUGAAGAUAGUCUGCUAGUGAGGCCAUGUGAUGGUGACACUGCCAGUAUCAAAAGCAGUGUAUCAAGUUUAGAAGAACAGUUGUCAGAUCAGCGUACAGACAGUGUAGAUAGUGGAAUAGACUGUCUUCACCCAGCUUUUUUGUCAGGAGCAAAUCUUUCGUGUGGAAAUAGACAACAAACAGUUGCUUCACCUCUUUUGUCAACAACAUCUCUUCCAUCACCUUCCACAUCAAAACUGGUCAGUGAUCUACCAUCAGAUCCCAAUAUGCAGAAACGCUUUUCUCAAAACAGUGUUAUUUAUCAUUCCCGUGGCAACACAGGUCAAAGUUCAAAAGGUAAAGGUCGGGCUCCUAUAGCAUCACCUGAGGAUGAUUCUUUGUUGGAUAAUCCUGAGCAGGACUCUGAUUCUGAUUCAGAUUCUGAUUCUGAUCUUCGGUCACCUCCUAGAAAGUCUGCUUCUGUAAAGAGCAGUGACAGUGCUCAUAAUACCUCGGCAUCUUCCUUUCAUACCUUGAGUGACUGUUCUUCUUGUGAUUAUGACACAGACAGCGAUUCUUAUUCUUCUUGUAGUUCUGAUGGACAGAAUUGUCGCUUUGGUAGGUCCACAGAGUCGGACAGUGAUUCUGACUCUGAUACUAGCCAAUGCUCAGCAUAUUAUGUUCCCCCAAAGUGCUAUAUGGAUACCUCAUUGUCUCGAAAUGCUUCGUCAGCAGGUCAACCAGGACGUAUCGCUGUCAGUAGAGGAUCCAAGUUACCUUCUAAUUCUGUACAUACAAAUUGUGUAAAUACUAGCCAAACUAAAGCCAAACAAAGUGAUUAUAAAAAAUGCAAAUCUCGCAUAGAAAAGGCACCACUCUCCUUCUUGCGCAAACGGAAAAACAAGAAGUCAUCUAAAGCUAGUGAAAAUGCAGAAAAGUCUUUAAACAAAAGUCACAAAAAUGAAAAAUCAUUCAACAGUAGCCAGGCAGAGGACAAGAUAUUCAAUACUAGUCAGUCAAAGGACAGAACUUGUAACAGAACUGAGUCGUUCAACAGUAGUCGGACCAAGCACAAAACUGUCAAAAGGAGUGAGUCAUGUGAUCAGUUCGACAGAAGUUACAUUUUUAAUACUAGUCAACCUGAAGGUAUAUCUGUUCAUAACAAAAGUCAAUCGUUGAAGGGUACAAGACAACCUGUGAAAAGUUUAAGCCAAGAUAAGAUCAAUAGAAAUCAAUCUAGAGACAGUAGAACUUCGCUCAAGACUGAUGGCAGGUUUGUAAAAAGCAGUAAAUCCAGUUUAGUGAUGGAGAACCCUCAUGUGCUGGUGAACCCUAGUCCAAAGUACAUAUCGAAUCAAACUGACCAUAGCAUCAUGGUGACGCCCGUCCGAGAGUCUCUUUCCACUUCCAACCUAACAGUUAACAGUCGGAGUGCUUUCAGUCGAUGGAACACAACAGGUUCUCUGCCAAGACAACGGAUAUCUUAUGUUGAUGGGGAAGAGUGUAGAUUCACUACAGAGGAACCUAUAUAUCAUGAGAUCGAUGACAUUGAUGUGAGAAAUGGUGCUGCAGGACAUUACAUAAACGUGAGAGACACAAAUAAUAGUCAUAUGUCAAGUUUUGGAUAUGUUCAGAUGUGUGCAGUGAAAAAUACAGUGUCAGCAAAUGUUGGUCAAACAGUGAGAGACUGUGAUGAUAAGUGUUUUGUCCCCAACGAAUCUAGUGAAAAGUCUGACAUGAUAGACAAUUCUGUUAAAAAUUGUGAUAAAAAUAGCCAGCUCCCCUUAAACAGGUGUGAUUAUGAUCAAGAUACCUCAGCAGAAUUAGAGGCUUCACCUAAUUUGCCAAUGUCAUUAGAUACAUCAAAGAGUAUCGUAGAUGUAAGACGUGCCAUGAAAAAGACUGCAUUCUGGGUAGAAAAUGCCACCUAUGAUAGCACAUGUGGGUCGGAAGAUGGGUCCCCUUCAUCUCUCUUAAAGGACAAGAAAAGUGUGAGUGAAAUGGAUUUAUGUAAUCAAAUCAUUGAUAUUUACUUUGGUGAAGAUAGUGAUUCCUCAUUGUCAUCAUCUUGCCUUGAGAACUCUUUUGACCAGGAUUCUUCCUUGUCCUUUGGAACUGAUGAAAAUGCCUCUCCCGAUGAAUUUUCCAUGGUACUGCCAGGCGACAGAAAAGUCGAGACCAGCGCUGAUGACUACUCAUUAGCAACAUUUGUUUCUGAACCUUAUCACACAUCUGAGGCAAAGACGAGAAAGAUCAGAAAUGCCGACAAUGAGUUAGGGGUAACACAUUCUGAUGAGAAAACAAGGAAGCCAGACACACUGAAGACAAAGCAACACCAUCAGUUUGAUAAACAACCCAAGGAAAAAGCUGUCCUGAAAGAGAAGUUUGAAAAUAUGAAUACUCCAAAGAAGUCAGAAAAGACCAAGACUACAAGGACUACCAGCGUGUCCAGAGUGUUCUGUGAUAAUCGACCUCCGUCAUUACUUUCUGAACAUGAGGUUGACACCAUUACAAAGUUACACACAAUCUGUAACAGUCAGAGAAAAGUGAGCUACCUGGAUGUCUCCAAGGCCGAGAUGAUUAUCAAGCAUUAUCCUCCUCCCAAGCAUGCAUCCCGCAUUAGUUGGAGUGACCAGCUGGCUAAUGCUGACCUGAAUCACCACACGCCUACUUCUUCUCCUGCCAAGAGGUCUAUUCUUCACCAGCGUCCUCAGAGUUUCAUUUUUCCAUAUGUUGAAGACGAGCCAUCCCCAAUUGUGAUCACACGUUUAAGACGAAGUAAGUCAUCAUCCAGGAGGAAGGAAUGGCCAUGGUAA